UUUCCUGCUUCAGCUCCAGUGGGUGAUGACGGGGCUCCAUCUGUCCACAUCUAACAUGUUACAGACUCAUUUCUUCCUUUCUUCAUGGGUUGAAAUUGUUUCCGCCACCUAUACACAUUAGGACGAACGUGUGAUAAUAUUCUCUCGAACUAGUUUGCGGUAAACGCGAGUGGAAAUCGUCGGAUCCGUGGCCGUACAUCGCUGCCGUUGUAUUUUAAAAUGGCUCCAGUUCAGAUCGGUUCGGACGGGCAGCUGGUCCCCGCCGGGGGUCCGAGCUCAGCCCCGCAGCCUCCUCCGGGAGCCCCGGCCACUCAAGGAGUCCGGCUGAGCCUCCUGAUCGAGUUCCUGCUGCAGCGAACCUACCAUGAGAUCACUCUCCUGGCUGAGCUACUUCCUCGAAAAACAGACAUGGAAAGGAAAAUUGAAAUUGUUCAGUUUGCCAGUCGGACACGGCAGCUCUUCGUACGUCUGCUUGCUCUUGUGAAAUGGGCAAGUAAUGCUGGGAAGGUGGAGAAAUGUGCGAUGAUCUCAUCAUUUCUGGAUCAGCAAGCAUAUUUAUUUGUUGACACGGCCGAUCGACUGGCAUCACUGGCCAGGGACGCCUUGGUACAUGCACGUUUGCCUAGUUUUGCCAUCCCUUUCGCCAUUGAUGUAUUGACCACAGGGUCUUAUCCGCGUCUGCCCACCUGUAUCCGAGACAAAAUUAUUCCUCCUGACCCUAUAUCCAAAGCAGAAAAGCAGACAACGCUAAAUCAGCUCAAUCAAAUCCUGAGACACAGACUAGUCACCACUGACUUGCCACCGCAGCUGGCCAACUUAACUGUGGCCAAUGGGCGAGUAAAGUUUCGAGUUGAGGGGGAAUUUGAAGCCACACUGACAGUGAUGGGGGAUGAUCCUGAUAUCCCAUGGAGACUUCUUAAACUAGAGAUUCUAGUUGAAGACAAGGGAACCGGAGGUAAGAUGAUGAAAGCUUACAUGUCUGUUUGUGGGCUGUUUUUUCAGAUUGAUCAUCUCUCAGUUGAAAAGCUUUUGAUCGAUAGUGUACAUGCCCGCUCACAUCAGAAACUGCAAGAACUCAAAGUCAUCCUAAAAAGUAGCAACCCUAGUGAUAACUCCUUUAUAGAGACUGCACUGCCCACACUAGUCAUACCAAUCCUGGAGCCCUGCGGCCGAUCGGAGUGCCUCCACAUAUUUGUCGAUUUGCAUUCAGGAAUGUUUCAGCCAAUGCUCUAUGGAGUUGAUCAGUCAAUGUUAGACGACAUUGAGAAGAAUAUUAACGAUGAUAUGAAGCGCAUCGUCACAUGGAUACAGCAGCUAAAAUUCUGGUUGGGCGAGCAGAGAUGUCGACAGUCUGUGAAACAUCUUCCCACACUGUGCACAGACACUCUCCACCUAUCUAACUUAACCACGCAUCCUGUGGGCAACCUGUCAAAACAUCGCCUCUUCAUCAAACUCACUCGCCUCCCACAAUACUAUAUUGUGGUCGAGAUGUUUGAUGUGUCCAACAAUCUGACAGAGCUCCAGUAUAAGUACUACUUCCUGUCUGUGAGUCAGAUUGAGAGUGAGGAUGGGCUGCCUUCUGCUCAGCUGCUGCAGCAGUUUAAGUCCAACCUGGAGGAGCUUGUGCAGGACAUUUCAUCUGGACGACUGGCUCGUCCUGGGUCCAAGAGAAAGUUGUCAGGAGAGCAAAGUGCCAUUGAACCGAAGAAACCCAAGAGGUCAGGAGAGAUGUGUGCCUUCAAUAAGGAGCUGGCCCACUUGGUAGCCAUGUGUGACACCAACAUGCCACUCAUCGGAUUACGCUGUGAGUUGUCCAAUAUGGAGAUUCCUCACCAAGGGGUUCAGGUCGAAGGAGAUGGCUGUAGCCACGCCAUACGUAUUCUGAAAGUUCCACCUUGUAAAGGAGUAAGUGAGGAAACGAGAAAAGCUCUAGAGCGCUCCCUGCUGGACUGUACGUUCAGACUACAGGGCCGGAAUAAUCGCACCUGGGUGGCAGAAUUGGUUUUCUCCGGUUGUCCACUCAGCAGCACAGCCAACAAAGAACAAGCUUCUGCGCGGCAUGUCUACCUGACUUAUGAGAAUCCCCUUUCGGAGGCGGUGGGUGGCAGGAAGGUGGUGGAGAUGUUCUUGAACGACUGGAACAGCAUUAGUCAGCUUUAUGAAUGUGUGCUGGAUUUCUCACGCGCUUUACCUGAAAUGCCCUCCUAUUUGAGCCUUUUCUCAGAAAUACGGCUGUACAAUUAUCGGAAGCUGGUUCUAUGUUAUGGCAGCACCAAAGGCAGCUCGGUGACAAUACAGUGGAACUCUGCAUCCCAGCGUUACCAUCUGGCCCUGGGGACUGUGGGGCCCAAUUCAGGCUGUAGCAACUGUCACAACAUAAUUCUCCACCAACUUCAAGAGAUGUUCAACAAGACACCCAAUGUAGUACAACUUCUACAGGGCCUCUCAGACACUCAAGCUCCUCUAAAUGCCAUCAACAAGCUACCCACAGUGCCUAUGCUGGGCCUCACCCAAAGGACCAAUACGGCGUACCAGUGCUUCUCCAUCCUGCCUCAGUCACCCACUCACAUCCGUCUGGCCUUCCGCAACAUGUACUGCAUUGACAUCUACUGCCGUAGCAGAGGUGUGGUGGCCAUCCGUGACGGGGCCUAUAGUCUUUUUGACAACACCAAGAUAGUUGAAGGUUUCUACCCCGCCCCAGGACUAAAGACGUUCUUGAACAUGUUUGUGGAUAGUAACCAAGACGCCCGCAGACGCUCGGUCAAUGAAGACGACAACCCUCCCUCCCCGAUAAGCAUGGACGACACUUUCAUGCCCCACACUCAGACGCAGCCUCCAGGCAGAGGGGUUUAUCCACCCCUCACAUCGCCCCCCAACCCGUACCACGUGCCUCCCUCACCUUCCAUGAUAACAACACAGUCUCCAGGGAACAUCCACGCAGCCAAUUCCCCUAGCGGAGCUCUGCGGGCCCCUUCUCCCUAUGGGCCCACCCCUUCUCCUUCCUCUCUGGGCAUUUCUAUGGGACAGACCUCCAACUUUGCUAGCCCACAUGGAACUCUUGACCCCAGUUCACCGUACACGAUGGUGUCCGCCAGUCCAAGGGUCGGACCAUGGCCAGGUUCUCCGCAGGUCUCUGGACCCUCCCCAGGGGCCCGAAUCCCUGGCAUGUCACCAGGCAACCCUUCUUUGCACUCACCUAUUCCAGAUCCAUCCCACUCCCCUCGAGCUGGCAUGAGUUCACAGGCAAUGCCCCCACCCCGUAAACUGCCACAGCGGUCCUGGGCCGCUUCUAUUCCCACCAUCCUCACCCACAGCAAACUACAUGUUCUGCUUCUGCCGUCAUCCAUUCCAUGCCCAGUGCCAGGGCUGGCGGGCAGCUACCUGUGCUCACCUCUGGAGCGCUUCCUGGGCUCUGUCAUCAUGAGGCGGCACCUACAGAGAAUCAUACAGUUAGAACCCAAUCUCACUAUUGUGAACUCUAACGAGCCAGGCGUUAUCAUGUUUAAGACAGAAGUGCUUAAAUGUAGAGUGGCUCUCAACCCCAAAACCUACCAGACUCUGCAGCUGAAAGUCACACCAGAAAACACUGGACCCUGGUCGCAGGAGGAGCUGCAGGUCCUGGAGAAGUUCUUUGAGACCAGGGUUGCAGGACCACCCUUUAAAUACAACACACUAAAUGCCUUUACAAAGCUGUUGGGAGCUCCAACCAACAUACUCAGAGACUGUGUUCGCAUCAUGAAACUGGAGUUGUUCCCAGACCAAGCGGCCCAGCUGAAUUGGAAUGUGCAGUUCUGUCUGACCAUCCCACCCAGCGCUCCUCCCAUCGCCCCACCAGGAACCAUUGCUGUGGUGCUUAAGACCAAGAUGCUCUUCUUUCUCCAGCUGACCCAGAGACUACCGGUACCCCAGGAGCCCGUCAGCAUCAUAGUGCCUAUUGUGUAUGACAUGGCUACUGGACUGACCCAGCAGGCUGAUAUCCCCCGCCAGCACAGCUCCUCGGGAGCCGCGGCACUGAUGGUCAGCUCCAUCCUCAGGAGGUUCAAUGAGCACCAUCCACCACGACAAGGAGAGUGCACAAUAUUUGCAGCGGUUCAUGAGCUCAUGGCUAAUCUCACGCUGAACCCUGUUGGACGGUCAUGACUUGUUGUCUCUUAGAAAACUUCUCCAGACGAUCAGUAAAUAACUCGAGGGAAUUUCAGGUUUUCUGCUACAGCCGCUGGACUCUUCUGCUGGUGUAUCAUAUUGUCAUAAAAGGGAGCAGAAAUAUGAUGGAACUUUUUUUUAUUGUAUUAUGAAGCAUGUAAAUGAAUAAUUGUGACAAAAGCAG